AUGGGUGCAAUCCAGCAUAGCAAGAUGUGGCGUUUGCCCAUUCUUUUGGAAAUGUCUGUACAAAUCCGCAACGAGGUUCAGGAGAUGCUGAAGGUAGGGAUCAUAACCCCCUCAGACAGUCCCCGGGCAGCACCGGUAGUGCUGGUAGACAAACCUGACGGCUCUAUAAGAUUUUUUGUUGACUACCAAAAGUUAAAUCACGUCACUAAGGCAAACGCCUAUCCAAUGCCCCUCUUAGAUGACCUAAUUGAGACCAUAGGCAGGUGCCAUUUCAUUACCUUUCUAGACAUGAUAAAAGGCUAUUAUCAAGUAAAAAUGUAUCCUGGGGACCAGGAAAAGACUGCCUUUAGAAGUCCCCUAGGAUUAUAUGAAUUUAAGGUGAUGGCCUUUGGGCUAAAAAAUGCGCCAGCGACCUUUCAAAGGCUAGUGGAUGGGAUCCUGCAUGGAUUAGGGGAGUUCACAGUAGCUUACCUGGAUGAUAUUGCCAUUUUUAGUCAGACCUGGUCCGAACAUAAAGAGCACCUAGAGUUAGUGCUACAAAGAAUUAAAGAGACGGGCUUGACCAUUAAGGCUAGUAAAUGUCAGAUUGGGGACUCAGAAAUCAAGUACCUUGGACAUAUGGUGGGUGGAGGAAUAAUAAAGCCUUCAGAAACCAAGGUAGAAGCAAUUACGAACUGGCCUAUCCCUACGUCAAAAAAGAAAGUGAGAGCCUUCCUAGGUUUGGCAGGGUUUUAUCGAAAUUUUUUCCCUAAGUUCAGUGAACUAGCUGCACCACUGACCAACCUGACUCGCAAGAAAGAACCGGAGAGUGUUGAGGGGACAUCAGCGGGCCAGCAGUCAUUUGAUGCGCUAAAGAAUUCCUUGACUACCGGACCAGUCCUCAUCGCACCGAACCAUGACCUAGAGUUCACCAUCUUUACAGAUGCAUCGAAUGCCGGGAUCAGAGCCAUGUUGUGUCAACCGGGAGAGGAAGACAACCUGCAUCCGAUCAUGUAUGUCAGCAAGAAAUUGCUACCCAGAGAGAAACACCUUUCCACAAUAGAAAAGGUAUGUUUUGUUAUCGUCUGGUCCCUACAGAAGUUGAAGCCAUACAUCUGGGGGCAGAAAUUUAUACUGUGCACUGAUCAUUCACCCUUGCUUUGGUUAAGGACAAUGAGAACCAAUAG